UUGUUCAUAGUGCACAUGCUAAUGCUAAAGGUUGAGUGUUCUCUUUGGUUCUCUCUCUUCUCUUGUAGUUGCGCACAAGGGGACUUAGUGACGCACACAGCGUGGCUCAACAGAUCAAGUAUACUCUACGCCGGAGAGGAUAAGUGGUCCGUGGACCCCCGGGUGAGUUUGGUUACUCUGAACCAGGAUGAGUUCACCAUCAAAAUUGAGGAUGUGGACUUGACAGACGAGGGCCAAUACAUCUGCGCAGUGCAGACUAGCAGCAGACCCCGAACCACAUCCGUGCACAUCAUCGUUCAAGUUCCUCCAAAGAUCGUGAACCUGUCGAAGGACCUUGUGGUGAAUGAAGGCUCCAACGUGACUUUAAUGUGCCUGGCUAACGGAAAACCAGAACCUGCCAUCGGCUGGAGGAUGUUAUCACCUUCAGAUGACAGCCUAAGCUCAGACAGUGAGGUUCUGGAGAUUCCAUUCAUCAGCAGAUACAGAGCAGGAGUGUAUGAAUGCACCGCAGCCAACGACAUUGCAGUGGACACACAGACUGUUGAGCUCACGGUCAACUACCCUCCCAGUGUUUCAGAUGGCAGAGAUGUUGGCGUGACCCUGGGUCAGAGAGGUGUCCUGCAGUGUGAGGCAGAUGCUGUACCCGAGGCAGACUUUGAGUGGUACAGAGAUGACAGGAGGAUCUUCAAUGGCUUUGAUGGCAUUGAGAUCGAGGAUGCCGGAGCAUUUUCAAAGCUGACAUUCUUCAACGUGUCCGAGGCAGACUAUGGCAAUUACACCUGCGUUGCUACCAACAAACUUGGGAGCGCUAACACAAGCAUCAUCCUGUAUGAAAUAAUUGAACCCACUAGUUCGACGCUAUUGCAAGCGGAGACGGCUUCAGUUUUAGAAAUGACUUCAUCCGAUUUAGAGCAAACCACCUUUGAAAACAAUGAUUUGUUGGAAGGACCCGGAGCAGUUCAGGAUGGCAACAGCGGCACGUCAACCGUCUUCACUCCCACCUGUCUACUUCUCGUCGUACUUCUACAACUCUUGCUCAAGUUUUGAUGCCGAACAUGUUUCCAGUGGCUAAAGAUCAGUUUGUGUGACAUCGCUCUCAUCUUGGAGUCACAAAGCGUGCAUGGGUUACCGAAAAUGCCCAAAAAUGUGCAUGGGGUACCCAAGUACUUCCUUUUAAUAAUGUAAUCAUGCAUUCCUUUUGUUUAUAAUAGUUUAAUAAUGUAACUUCUCUUACAUUGCUAAUUGUCACACUGUUUUGCCCCACUGAAUAUAGUUUGUAUCCACUAAAAGCAAAUGACAGAGAGGCAUGUUUAAUUUGAAAUAUUUAAUAUAAUUUAUUUUUGUGACUCUCAUUUUAAUUUAACUCUGUAACCCUUAAGAUUUCAUACAGAAUACAGUGCGACUGGGGAGUAAAUCAUUCAAGUCAACGGCAUGCGAUAAGGAAGGGCGUAUGUCUCCAUUUUGUUCUUUUUUUUUUUUAUUGUCGCUAUAUUUUUACUGUAUCAUAACUGUACAGCCGAGCAAAAUAAGCAGCAAAAAAGACGCAAACAUAUUUUUUGAGUACUUCUAAUCUUUAUUUUACCAUUUAACACACACAAAACAAUGCAGUACAAAUCAUUUAGUUUUUAUUUUUAUGUUUUGAUGACCAGAAUGACACUUGGACUAUGCAGAACCAUAUAAAAGCUGUAUAUUAAAUGGGUUUAUUUACAUCACACAGUAAUAAAUCAAAUGUUGGAAACAUUUUAGUAUAUAUGGAAUGGCAAUGUAUGAAUUGAAAUUGGAAAAUGAAGCAUGCAUUUGGAGCUUUGUUGCAGGCCUAAUGCAAACUUAUUGAAUCUAAUUUGAAAGCCCAAAGAGCAAUCUGCUAAUACACGCAGAGUUUUAUUUUUGUUGCCACAAUAGAUUUAAUUAUUAUUAUUCUGUCCAGAGUUAUACAAACCAAACCGGGCGCUUAAAUGUUCAUUAUUUAAACACGUUGUUCCUGCUAACAUCUCUGUAUGUAUAUGCAUAUAUAUAACUUGUACAAAGGGAAAAUAUGCACACUUGUUUUUACUAAAAUUGUGAAACUGUUUAAUACAAUGCAGCGAUUCCUAUUUUUUGUUAUUCCCUUUUUCUGAAGCUGUGUAAUUUAUUUCUCAACUGGUAUUAUGGUAGAUACCAGCUCAUUGCAGUUUCUCAUUGUGAAAUCUGAUGUCUAAAUAUUGUGCUUUAUAUAAAAAGCAGACGAGACUCGUUGGCCUUCAUCAUCUCAUCAGAUCUCAUCUCAUCAGAUGUCCAGACAUCCUUUGUAUUCUAGAAAAAAAAAAAGAGAAUUGAUUUAAAGUUGGUGUUGACCUCAAAUCUAUAUUGCGAUUUUCUUCUCUAUUUUUUCUGCUAUAUUUGAUAGGAUGUAUGCGUAAUGUUUCCCUUU